AUGAAAAUAACCUCCCCGCUAUUAUUCGGGUUGGCUACAAACCCAUUCCGACCAUAUGAGGGUCCGCCAACCUACCAAGAGGAAUAUCGAGACAGCAGUUAUGCACCAAGCUUCAUUGACACAGAGUUUGGUCGCCAGAUUAUAGCGCCAGAUACUCCAUAUGUAGCAGCAGCAGGCCCAAAUGUAUUAUAUUUUAUUGAUACCCGGCUUAGUGCUGAAACUGCAGGGCAUAUAAAACAACAACUCGAAAAUGCAUAUGUAUCAGGCCCAGACGAGUAUAUAUCUAUCAACGAGUUUACAGCUACAGCAGAGAAGAAAAACCAUGGGACUGGUGAAACAACAUUUAUAUUCGAUCCGCUUUAUGCUGGGGUGCUAUUUGCCAAAGGAAUUAAUAAACGAAACCCGGAGAUUAAGCUGGUUGAACACACAAUCGGUGGUGGCGACUGGGUAGUGGCCUACGAGCCUGAUACUACAUGUUCUUGAAGAGACAGUAAUGCACUUGCAGCAGUUGGACUACUUAUGGGAGACAAACACCUAGGCAACGUUAUGAUAUAAACUAGUUCAUGUCCAGUGGCUAUAUCGCCAAGUCCCUACAGAUUCGGUACUGACGCUUAAUUCU